GACGCAAACGCGUCGGUGCGCGGCGCAUGGGCGACGUGUCGUCGAGUGUUUACGCGCGUAAUGGCGGCGGGCAGGCUGUGAUGAGCCACGGCGAAAAAAACACAGCCAGCGAUCCAGCCCUCGGUCAGUUUCCACAGCGGCGACACGGAAGAACGCGAAAAUGCAGAUCACGCUGAAAACCCUCCAGCAGCAGACGUUUAAAAUCGACAUCGACGCGGAGGAGACGGUAAAGGCCUUAAAGGAAAAAAUAGAGAAUGAGAAGGGAAAAGAUAACUUUCCAGUGGCGGGACAGAAGUUGAUAUAUGCAGGCAAAAUCCUGAACGAUGACGCGGCUCUCAAGGAGUACAAGAUAGAUGAGAAGAACUUUGUGGUGAUUAUGGUAGCAAAGCCUAAAGCGCCUCCCGCAUCGGUCCCUUCAUCUGCUGCCACAGCGGCCAGCGCAGCCUCCUCCAGCACUACAACAACCCCGACCCCUUCUUCAGAAACCCCGUCUGAGAGCACGACUGAAGAGGACAAACCCGCCAGCAGCGCUGAGCCCUCCUCUACACCAACCAGUUCUUUGCCAAAUGCAAACAUAUUUGAAGAGGCGACGUCUGCGCUGGUGACGGGUCAGUCCUACGAGAACAUGGUGACGGAGAUCAUGCUGAUGGGAUACGAGAGGGACCGAGUGGUGGCGGCACUGAGAGCCAGUUUCAACAACCCUGACCGCGCCGUCGAGUACCUGCUCACGGAUAUUCCUGCGGAGAGCGAGGGCAGUGUGGGAGGUGCUGACCCAUACAUAUUAUAUUUUAAAAGUAAGUUUCUCAACACUGGUCCUGUGUGUGCAGCGAAUCCUCUGGAGUUCCUGAGGAACCAGCCGCAGUUCCUGCAGAUGAGACAGAUCAUCCAGCAGAACCCGUCUCUCCUACCAGCUCUACUACAGCAGAUCGGCCGAGAGAACCCGCAGCUCCUGCAGCCUUUCCGUGUUUCCUCUGUGUUUCUUCCUCAGCUAAAAGCCCUUGGAUUCCCAGAAGGACUCGUUAUACAGGCCUACUUUGCUUGUGAGAAGAAUGAAAAUUUGGCUGCAAACUUCCUUUUACAACAGAACUUUGAUGAUGAUUAGAAGAGUGGCACCCCGAUCAUUUUCCCCUCUUAUGUUUUUUUUUUUUUUUCUUUUUGGAUGAUCAUUUUUGAGAAGAAAAUCUAUACAAAUACACACACACACACACACACACUCUCACACAAACACACAGGCUGUCAUAUUCUGUCUAAAUUUUACACACUGGAUGACAUGAUCGCGUCCGUCUGGAGACGAGCGCAUCAUUUGUUCGUCUCCAGAGGCAGAAAUCAGUAAAAGCCUCUUUGCUUCAUCUAA